AUGUUCCCGAACGCUUCGAACGGCAUUCGGGCUGCAGCUGCAUCUUCGGAUCCGCUGGACUUUACCGACAGUAGCGACGUCGAUGACAUCGGCGCCCUGACACACGAAGAGCUACGAAAACUGCUAGCAUUCACAUCUUCACCGCCAGCGUUCUUAUCUUCGCCACCACUCAUGUCUCGUCACAUCCCUGUACAGGCCGAUCCCAUGAGUGCCAGAACCUAUUCCAAGCACAAGGUUGCCCCGCCACUGCACAGUGUUGCGGCACAAGGAGGCAUACCAGUCCAUGUCGUCGUCGAAGUUGGCCCCGAACGCAAGGCAUACCAUGUUCAGAAGGCAUUCUUGACACACCACUCCGACUACUUCCGCAAGGCACUCAGUGGUACCUGGACGGAAGCCAAGGACGGAGUCGUAAGUCUGGACGAUAUUGAGCCCGCUGUCUUCAACCUAUUCCUGGAGUGGAUGUACACCCAACAGGUUCCCGUUAUUUGGGGCGACUACACCCGUAUCAUGGACCGAUCAUUCACGCCCCUAGACAUGUGCAAGAUCAAGUUGUACGUGUUCGCCGACCGGUUUGCAGUGCCUGUAUUACGAACAGCUAUGAAUCGGCAGAUAGUCCAGGACUCUGACGCUGGUCCUCCAGUGGAGUUGGGCUACAGAUCGAUCAUAUACGCCUUUGAGAAUCUUCCACCAUCCGACCCACUGCUGGACCUGUUCGUGGACCGACAUUACGUGGAAUGGAGUGGGUACAAGGUUCUGAUGCUUCAACUACCGCAUGAUUUCUUACUACGUUUCUUCGAGAGGUUACCAUGA